AUGGCUGAAAAUACGGAGCAGAUCGCGGUGGAUCCCGAUUUCUACUCUAUGGCCACUGGUUAUGGCACGGAACCGCAGGACUUCCAGUCGGAGACCACCUCUAUCGCGUCCGCGAUCGCGAGGGGCCGAAUUGAAAAUGGCCGAAGAUAUCAGGCCACCAAAGAAGAUGACUAUUGGGGUCCUUCGGACGAGCAGCAGUUCGAGGCGUUCGAGAUUGGCCAUAUGGUGUUUCUCGUGCUAGAUCACAACCACCCCAAUCCGCUUUUCCGAGCCCCUAUUGGCGAUCACCCUAAGAAUAUUCUGGACAUUGGAACUGGUCAGGGCAAUUGGGCAAUUGAUGUUGCCGAUCUCUAUCCAACUGGUAAAUGGCUACCGUCCGCGGAGUCGAUAUUUACCCCCCCACCCGUAACAUGGAUGCCCCCGAACUGCGUCUUCGAAGUGGAUGAUGUGCUUCGCGCCUGGACCUGGAGAGAGUCGUUUGACUUCAUCCAUCUCCGCCUAAUGUAUGGCGCAUUCACUCCGAGUGGAUGGGACCAGGUCUACAAGCAGGCCUACGAUGCCCUCGAACCCGGCGGUUGGAUCGAGCAGAUGGAGUUAGACGUGCGAGUCUACAGCGAUGAUGGUACUUUGAAGCCAGAGCAUCAGCUAUGGGGGUGGGGCAACUUGUUUAUCAGAUGCUCUGAGCGAGCAGGAAGUUCACUCAGAACCCAUGAAACAAUGCGGAGCGCGAUUGAGAAAGCCGGAUUUGUGGAUAUACAUGAGGAAAACUACAAGAUCCCUCUAGGACCUUGGGCUAAAGAUAAGUUGCUCAAGGAGGCCGGACACCUCCAAUUCGCCCACUGGAAUGCCGCUCUCGAGGGUUGGGCGAUGUGGCUUCUCACUCAUUAUGGAGAGCCGGAGCCGUGGACCAAGGAGGAAGUGCAGGUGUAUCUGUCCAAAGUGCGCAAGGAGUUGAAAGACCCGCACAUUCACGCCUACGAGCCUGGGAAUCGCGUGUGGGCAAGAAAGCCUACCCUUGAGGAAUUGAAAGCGAGAGAGGUACAAACCAAGGUCGAGACAUUGCCCUAA